AUUUUAGUUAAUGAUUUGGGAGGUAGUAUGGCCGGAGAGGGAAAAGGUUCAAGAGCAGCAGAUUUAGUUGUAAAUGAAAUCAAAAGUCGAGGAGGAAAGGCAGUUGCUAAUUAUGAUUCUGUAGAGGAUGGUGAAAAGGUAGUACAAACAGCUCUUGAUAAUUAUGGUCGUAUUGGUUAG